AUGGCUCAUUCCAUCUCACCCCCGCAAUCCUUCCAGGCUAUCGAACUACAUGGUCAUGAGAUCGUUGCAACCGAGAUUGAGCUGUUAGAUCAACAUCGACCAGUGUAUCGCGCUAGACUCGAACCAGACUUAUAUCGACAUACGAUCCCGAGUACAGUCACCUCCGUUAUUAUUAAACAGCAGAAAGAUGAAUGGGAAGAAGAGUUCGAAGAUGAGGAGAAGGCUUACAACAGAUUGAAGAAGCUUCAAGGGGAAGUGAUUCCAUAUUUUUAUGGCCGUGGCUGCUUCAAUGGGCAACCUGCACUUAUACUAUCGGAUAUCGAUGGAAUUACAUUGAAUGAUCUGGCUCACAGCAACUACGACGUCCCCGAGGCAUCGUUAAAAGCUCAUCUGGAGGAGGUUUUCGAUGCUCUUUCGACACAUGGUGCUUUGUAUCGAGACCAGAAACCGGAUAACUUUUUUUUGUGUGGUGAUUGUGACAUCGGCUUUAGCAAAGCGAUGGUGGUUGACCUCGAGCAGGUUGAGUUUCCUGGUCAACUUCGCCCUUGGCAAUAUUCUAUCAACAAGGACGGAGCGAGAGCUUUGAUGGAAGAGUUCAAAUACAAGCGUGACCCCCAGCGCGAAUCAACUCCACUUGACCUCUGGACUUCUGGACAUCAGGACGGCAACCCACUCAGAGAAUUAGAAGGUUUUGCGUCCGGGGUCAAUCAACAAGGGAUUGGAAGACCUGAACCUAUUACGGCGUAA